AUGUACGUUUUCUCUGUCACUACCCCCAUGGUUGGAGCCGGCCCUGAUCUUUUGCAGUACUUGUACGCCACCGACAUACCUCAUAUCAAGGGCCUACCGGAGAUUCCUGGUGCUGUCCCGGUGCUGGGACACCUUCUCCAGCUUGGCGAAGAUCAUGCCAGUACAUGCGAGAAGUGGUGGCGUCAGUACAACCACUCUGUUUUCCAGAUCAAGCUUGGAAACACCAGGGCCGUGGUGGUCAACUCAUUUGAGGACUGCAAGAAGAUGCUUCUCGGCAACCAGAAUGCCGUCAUUGACCGUCCCAAGCUCUACACCUUCCAUGGCGUCAUCAGUAGCACUCAGGGCUUCACCAUCGGGUCCUCUCCUUGGGACGACUCUUGCAGGAAGAAGCGCAAGGCAGCUGGCACCGCACUGGGAAGACCCGCCCUGAAGAACUACUAUCCCAUGUUUGACCUUGAGAGCUACUGCAUCCUGAGGGAUAUGGAAAAAGACUCGAGAAAUGGCGAGAUUGAGAUCGAUGUCCGGCCUUAUAUUCAGCGGUACGCGCUCAACACCACCCUGACUCUCUGCUACGGCAUCCGAAUGGACGCUGUCUACGACGAUUUGCUCCGCGAAAUCUUGCACGUGGGAUCCGCCAUCUCACUGCUGCGAAGUGCGUCCGAGAACCUGCAAGACUACGUCCCCAUUCUACGAUACUUGCCCAACAACGAAAAGAAUGCCCGGUCUAAGGACCUCCGAGAACGGCGUGACGCCUAUUUGAACCUGCUUCUUGACAAGGUUCGUGACAUGAUCCAGAGAGGGACGGACAAGCCCUGCAUCUCGGCCGCCAUCCUGAAGGAUCAGGAGACCAAGUUGACGGGCGUCGAGGUCUCAUCCAUCUGCCUCUCUCUGGUUUCUGGUGGAUUCGAGACCAUCCCAGGGACUCUAACCUCCUGCAUCGGUUCUCUUUCGACAAAGGAGGGUCAGCUCUGGCAGGACCGGGCUUAUGAGGACAUCAAGCGCCACUACCCCGACGUACGGGAUGCCUGGACGGGCUGCUACGUGGAGGAAAAGAUCCCAUACAUCAAUGCCAUCAUCAAGGAAGCUGGUAGAUACUACACCGUCAGCUCCAUGAGUCUCCCCCGCAAGAUAGUCACCGAAGUCAACUGGAAUGGUGCAAUCAUCCCUCCCAAGACCAUGAUUCUCAUCAAUGCGCAGGCCGGCAACCAUGACGUUGAUCACUUCGGGCCCGACGGUGGCAAGUUCAACCCCGAGAGAUGGCUGAAGAGCCUGGAUCCGCCCACCGAGGUAGAGAGCGUCGGGCUUGCUCAUCUGAGCUUCGGAACUGGCUCUCGUGCUUGCUCUGGCCAAUACAUUGCAUCUCGCUUGCUGUAUGCGGCUCUAGUCCGGCUGAUGUCGUCAUACAAGAUUGUCGCCAGCGAGGAGAUGCCACCCAACACCGAUUACGUCGAGUAUAAUCAGUUCAAGACAGCAUUGGUGGCGAUUCCCCGGGAGUUUAAGGUGAAGCUCAUUCCAAGGGACACAGUCAUGACUGCCGAAUGCCUAAGUGCGGCUGAAGAGAGGACAAAGGAGCACUACAAGGAAUAA